AUGUCGACAGGAGUUGACAAUAAAUCAUAUCCAACCAAUCUCAUAGAUCAGGAUUUACUACCUCGCCAACGUUCGGCCUCACAAAGCGCUGGAUCAAUUCUUCUUCCGCCAGUCCAAUCUGUACGCGAAUUCGAAAAACGAACCGUCAACAUGGCACAAAGUCAAAAGUCUCGAUACCUGAAGACCGGCGCCAUCAUCGCGUUCAUCUUCUUGGUCGUUAUUUGGCUGUUCCCAUCGAAUUCUGCCGUGUCCGGCUUUCCUCAGGAACAAGCACCUGCGGCCGGCGGUGUUACGACUAAGUGCACGAAGUCCUCUGAUCCAUCCAAACCUUUGAUUCAAUACGCGCUUAUGAUCGAUGCUGGUAGUACUGGAUCUCGCAUUCACGUCUACCGAUUCAACAACUGCGGCUCUACCCCAGAACUUGAGAAUGAGGUUUUCGAGCAGACCAAGAAGAAGGAGGGCGGUGGUGGCUCAGGUCUCAGCUCCUACAAAGAGGAUGCUGAGGGUGCUGCUCGCAGUCUGGAUCCCCUAAUGGAGGUCGCCAUGCAAAACGUACCCGACGCUUACAGGUCGUGCUCCCCGGUUGCCGUCAAGGCCACUGCCGGGCUUCGUCUGUUGGGCCCUGAGCUGAGUAACAACAUUUUGGAUGCUGUUCGUCACCGUCUCGAGACCUCCUAUCCUUUCCCCGUUGUUUCCAAGGAGAAGGGUGGUGUGCAGAUCAUGGAUGGCUCUGACGAAGGUGUUUACGCUUGGAUUACUACCAACUACCUCCUGGGUAAGAUUGGUGGCCCUGACGAGAACCCCACUGCUGCUGUUUUCGACUUGGGUGGUGGCUCAACUCAGGUCGUCUUCCAGCCCACCUUUGAGAAAGCGAAGAAUGGCGGCAUGCCGGAGCAUUUGGCUGAGGGUGACCACAAGUACGAGCUCAAGUUUGGUGGACGGGAGUUUGAGCUUUACCAGCACUCUCACCUUGGCUAUGGAUUGAUGUCUGCUCGCGAGGCUAUGCACACCGUUGUGUUGGAGGCCAUGUUGGCUGAUAACCCUAAGGACCGAUCUUGGCUUGCAGCUCCCAUCUCUAACCCUUGUAUCGGUCCUGACAUGGAGCGUAAGGUGACUGUAAAGUUCCCCGAAGGCCAUGCUCUUGCCCCUGAGGUCACUGUUACCAUGGUUGGUCCUAAGGAUUCGUCCGCUGCCCCCCAGUGCCGUGCUAUCGCCGAGAAGAUUCUUAAGAAAGACGCCGAGUGCAAGUUAGCCCCCUGCUCUUUCAACGGUGUUCACCAGCCUUCUCUGGCGAAGACUUUCUCCCGUGAGGAUGUCUAUAUCUUCUCUUACUUCUUUGACCGCACUGACCCUCUGGGUAUGCCUUCCUCAUUCACUCUCCAGGAGCUCCACGAUCUCACUGCGACUGUCUGUGCCGGUGAGGAUAGCUGGGAUAUCUUCAAGAGCGUUGAGGGUGCCAUGAAGGAACUUCUUGACCGCCCCGAAUGGUGUAUGGACUUGAGCUUCAUGAUGGGCCUGUUGCACAGUGGUUAUGAGAUGCCUUUGUCCCGCGAGGUCAAGAUCGCCAAGAAGAUCAAGGGCAAUGAGUUGGGUUGGUGUCUCGGUGCAAGCUUGCCUCUUCUUAGCCAGGAAUCUGGCUGGACUUGCCGUGUCAAGGAAGUCUCAUAG